UCAGCUUGGCCAAAUCUGAAGAAAACAUUCCUAAAUGCAAUGUACUCUACCAGACACUGUUGAACCGACUGCAUUAGAGGGAAAUUUCAUGAUACAGACAUUGCUUUUCUUCAUUCGUUCCUGCAGAGCUUGGUGUGAAGACAGCUUUCCAGAUCCAAACCUUUUGCAACUGUCCUGAAGAACCAGUAGUCCUGAGGAGUUAAGCUGGAAAGAAGAGGCUCUGGGAAGUCAAAUAAACACAGAACUAGCCAAUUGGUGCGGAUGCCCCAGAGCUUAGCAAUUCAUUUUGCCAAUAACUUCCAGUCAAAAACCACGUGGAACACUCUAGUGCCCAACAAAAUCAGGCUUACUGUCUGUUGCAACGAGACAGCCAGCACCCUGUGGGGAAACGAGGCAAAUCUCGGUGAGAAUACAUCAGUAGGGACUGAACAGGCUACUGAAGUGUCUUCCACGAUGUUCCCAUUGCAAGGUGCCCAGAUGCUGCAGAUGCUGGAGAGAUCCUUGAGGAACAGCCUUCCUACAUCCUUAAAGGUUUAUGGGACCGUCUGCCACAUGAACCAGGGAAACCCGUUCAACCUAAAGGCCCUGGUGGACAAGUGGCCUGAUUUUAAUACAGUGGUUAUCCGCCCUCAGGAACAGGAGAUGAAAGAUGACCUUGAUCACUACACCAAUACUUACCAUAUCUACUCCAAGGACCUCAAGAACUGUCAGGAAUUCCUUGGCUUACCAGAAGUGAUCAACUGGAAACAGCAUUUGCAGAUCCAAAGUUCACAGAACAGCCUGAAUGAAGUAAUACAAAAUCUUGCAGCCACAAAAUCCUUCAAAGUCAAGGUAACACAAAACCUUCUCUAUAUGACAAGUGAGACAACAAAGGAACUGGCUCCUUCCCUGCUGGAUGUGAAGAACUUGUCACUGAGCGAUGGCAAGCCCAAGGCCAUUGACCAAGAGACAUUGAAACUCUCAUCCAUGGAUCCUAUCUACGCUGCCUUGGUGAAUAAAUUCUGGUCUUUUGGUGGCAAUGAGAGGAGCCAAAGAUUCAUUGAGCGCUGUAUCCGGACCUUCCCCAACUUCUGCCUGCUGGGGCCUGAGGGGACCCCUGUAUCUUGGUCCCUCAUGGACCAUACAGGAGAGCUGCGGAUGGCAGGCACCACGCUUGAAUACCGGGCCCAGGGCCUCGUUACCUACCUCAUCUAUACCCACACCCAGGCUCUGCUCAAAUUCGGCUUCCCUGUGUAUUCUCACGUAGACAGGAAGAACAAAAUUAUGCAGAAGAUGAGUCACAGUCUGAAUCACAUCCUCAUGCCCUGUGACUGGAACCAGUGGAACUGUGUGCCUCUGUGAAGCCACCCUGAACCCAAGACAGUGUGGGAUGGGCAUGAGGGCGUGGCUGGAGGAGCAGAUGGGUGGACAGAGGGAAAGAAUAAAUUGUAAUCGUAAUCAUCAGUAAAGGAGUGGCUGCUGUUUGGGCUCUGGGGAAGCCAUGUGACUGGUCAACAGGACCACUGCUACCCCUGCACUCAGACUGACGGUGGGCUUCCCCCAGUAUCUCAGUAUAAGCAGCAGCAGCUCUCCUGCAGUGAUUUCACAUGGUUGAGUCCCCCACGCUUCUGGGAUCUCUGCCAUGCUUCUUCACCAGCUACAUGUGGCCCCAGGUGCCUCCUCCUAGAACACUUAGUGCACAGGAUGAUGGGGCCUUGCUGAUUUUUCUGGGGGGGGGUAUUAUUUUCUGGACAUUAUGACUUAUUCCUCUCUUUCUCUGGCCUUUUCCUUAGUGAAGAGCAGGUGGACUCCACUUGUUAGCUCUAUAGAGAUUAUCCUCUCCUCUGCUGCUUUAGAAGCAUAUUAAAUAUAUUAUAUACAAAAAAAUAUGAGAUAUUGUGUUAAACAAAAUACACAUGAUAUAGCAGGAAGAGUUAUUAAGAAAAAAACUAACCUAUGUUAGCCUGUCCUCUCUCCGCCUCCACUCCAGGGAAAAUGACUCAACAUUGUGCCUAAGAGCUGAGCUUCCUAAACUUACCCAAAACCCUCAAACAAUAAAGAGAUUUUGUAUUUGAUUGCA